CGUACGUACCAAAAUAUCAGGAAGAACGCGCAGCCUGUCGUCAGUAAAAUAACAAAUAUCUUAUGGUCACCAACUAAACUGUUGAAAAUGAGUUCAGAAAAAUACCCUCGGUCUUCGAUUGAGGAUGACUUUAACUAUGGCACCAAUGUGGCAACGGCAAGCGUUCAGAUCCGGAUGGACUUUCUGCGCAAAGUGUACACAAUUCUCUCGCUGCAGAUAAUCAUCACAACAGCUGUAUCUGCGCUCUUCAUGUUUUGUGGCUCCAUCAAAGACUUUGUUCAUGCAAGUCCUUCUGUGGUACUGCUAUCAGCAAUUGGCUCUCUUGGCCUUCUCUUUGCCUUGGCUAUUUACCGACACCAACACCCUGUCAACUUGUACCUGCUUCUUGGAUUCACUCUGUUGGAGGCCAUAUCUGUAGCUACAGCAGUGACAUUUUAUGAGUACUCCAUGGUCCUUCAGGCUUUUAUACUGACCUCUGCAGUGUUUCUGGGGCUAACUGCAUACACCUUCCAGUCCAAAAGGGACUUCAGUAAACUUGGAGCUGGACUGUUCACGUGUCUGUGGAUUCUUAUCAUUGGCAGUUUUAUGAGGCUCUUCUUCUACAAUGACACUCUGGAGCUGGUCUUUGCUGGGGCAGGCGCUCUGCUCUUUUGUGGCUUCAUCAUCUAUGACACCCAUAUCCUGAUGCACAAGCUGUCACCAGAGGAGCAUGUGCUGGCCUCCAUCAACCUUUACCUGGACAUCAUCAACCUUUUCCUGCAUAUCCUGCGUAUACUGGACUCCUUAAAGAAGAACUAAAGAAGUCUGCCAAACCCUGCUUGAGAGUUUUAAAAUUCCAGUCGUUGAUUCAAAUGACUCAUUUACCUAUGUAAAAGAAUUUAAGAAAUGUGAUUGUUGUACUGCAUAUUUUGUCUGCACACUCUGGGCUAAUUAGUGGUAUCAUUGCAUGCACUCAAAGUUGAGUACCAAGAAUAAGCUAGGUUUUGGGGUGUCUCAUCUUCAGGGUUGUUUGGGGUGUACAGAUUCUCCGCUCUUUGACAUUUUAUGUUUCCUUUUAAAUUUCUGGACUGAAAACGUGUCUGUAACACUUUAUUCCAAUGCUUUGAUGACUUAAGUUAGAGUUUAUGGGUCUUAAUGAAUUGAAGUAUGGAGAAGUUGUUUUAUUGGACAUUGGAUUGUUUGGCCAAUUAUAUCAUCUUAAAUUUGAACAGUGCAUACCUGACAAACAACAGACCCUGAUUUUAUUAUACAUUCACACUGCAUCACUGUGCUUAUAUGUGUAGUGAUAAUCUAAGGUAUACCUAUCACUACUCGGUCAGUACUGGAAACCUUUGUUCAAGAGCCAGAAGAGAGCAAUACACAGCCAGAUAAACAUGCUACAGAACCAGUUAUGGUUGUGAAAGUAACUGUAAGAAACCUUUUAUGUUUAUAUGUGGCUGCCUUAAGGAGUCACCCUUGUGUUUGUUUACUUUUGGAAAUGAACUGUGUACUUUUUGUUUUGUUUCCCAGUGUGCUGCAUGGAAGAUUUUGGUGUUGUUGCUUAAGAAGUAGUAAAUAGUACCUAACCAUUAGAGCUAUAAGAAAAUAACAGAUUAUCACCAGUUUAUAAUUUAAAUUUAAAAUGAGUGUGUAUAUGUUCAUUUCUGUACUGUUUAAAAUGAUGAAGAUAAGUUCUUAUGUGUCCUGGCCUCAUGUUUUCACAAUCACUAGUUCAUGUUCAGUGUAGAUUUUGCUGUUGUCUUUAUACACUCAUUGAAAUGGCAAGUUGAGCAAAUCAGGCUCUGUUAGAUUUAUGCAGAUGUAUUAAUUGCCUUUAUAUUUUACACAUAGAACCAGAACCAUUAACCAGUUUUUCAGAACUGUUUGAAAAUCUGCAGAGGAAAGCUUUCAGUGGGACCAAAGUGAGUGUCAGCAGCGCUCAUAAUAGCACACUAUGUGAGCUUGUACAGGACAUGAAUUUAAAGUUUGUUUUAUAUUUUCUAAACUGUUUCCCAGCUAUCUUGUGAGACUGAAAUUCCCAAAAGAAGUCUAAUCAAUAUAUUAUUCAAGUGUAGUGGUACAAGUUGGUUAUCUGUGAUAAAAUGUGCUAUCAUGUUAAAUCAUUUUAGAUAUGAAUUUAUUUCAUAUAAUAUGUUACCAGGACCACAA